UUCUGGAAGCGGAGCGGCGCGAAGGUGCCGGGCAGUAUUCAACAUGUAUAUGGAGCUCAGCAUCCGCCUUUUGAUCCAUUAUUGCAUGGAACCUUGAUAAAACCAGGUUCAAAGCCACCUACAACUCCAGUGAAACUAAAGAAAGUCAGCACCUUUCAAGAAUUUGAAAGUAACACAAGUGAUGCUUGGGAUCUUGGGGAUGAUGAUGACGAACUCUUAGCAAUUGCUGCUGAAAACUUAAAUACAGAAGUGGUCAUGGAAACGGCUCACAAAGUAAUUCAGAAUCACAGCAAGCUACAAGAACAGCAUAAAUUUCAGGAAGAACAUCUACAGGAAGAAAAACAAGUAGAAUCUGCAGAGAUGACUUCAAUUGCAUGUGGUGAUAAUAGGCUUGUUAAAUCAGUCAGUGAAGGUCAUACAUCGAGUUCAUCAGAUAAUGCUAGUGAAAAUUCUUCCAUGCAGAGAUCACAGUCCCUUCCACAAACUUCCACACCUCCCUUGGUGAGUGGAAUGGCAGACUAUAAUACCUCAGUUACUCCUGCAUUAACUGAAAGAGAGGCAUCCCGAUUAGACAAAUUUAAGCAGCUACUUGCUGGCCCCAAUACAGAUCUUGAAGAAUUACGGAAAUUGAGUUGGUCUGGCAUUCCCAAACCGGUUCGUCCAAGUGCAUGGAAGCUUCUUUCAGGAUAUCUUCCUGCAAAUGUGGACCGAAGAGAAAGCACUUUAAAAAGAAAACGCAAAGAGUAUUUUGCAUUUGUUGAACAAUACUAUGAUUCCAGAAAUGAUGAAAAUCACCAAGAUACCUAUAGACAGAUCCAUAUAGAUAUUCCACGCAUGAGUCCUGAAGUUUUAAGACUUCAGCCCAAAGUAACAGAGAUCUUUGAAAGAAUUUUGUUUAUCUGGGCAAUACGUCAUCCAGCCAGUGGAUAUGUUCAGGGCAUAAAUGAUCUUGUCACUCCUUUUUUUGUAGUCUUCGUUUGUGAAUAUAUAGAAGAAGAAGAAGUGGAAAAUUUUGAUGUUUCCAGUCUGCCUGAAGAAGUGCUGCAGAACAUAGAAGCUGACAGUUACUGGUGCAUGAGCAAGUUGCUUGACGGCAUUCAGGAUAACUACACGUUUGCACAGCCAGGAAUUCAGAAGAAAGUGAAAAUGUUGGAAGAACUCGUUAGUCGGAUUGAUGAACAAGUUCAUAGGCACUUGGAUCAACAUGAAGUGAAAUACUUGCAAUUUGCUUUCCGCUGGAUGAAUAACUUGCUGAUGAGAGAAGUCCCUUUACGCUGUACCAUCAGGUUAUGGGACACAUAUCAAUCUGAACCAGAGGGUUUUUCUCACUUCCACUUGUACGUCUGUGCUGCCUUCCUUGUCAGGUGGAGGAAAGAGAUCCUGGAAGAGAAAGAUUUUCAAGAAUUGCUGAUAUUUUUACAAAAUUUGCCCACAGUACACUGGGGAAAUGAAGAAGUUAGUGUACUCCUAGCAGAGGCCUACAGACUGAAGUUUGCAUUUGCGGAUGCCCCCAAUCAUUACAAGAAAUGA